UUUGCUAAAGUAACUUCAACAGUAUCACAUCGUUGCAAACGUUAUCUCGCUAAAAAAUAUAAAUAUACGUGAUUUUAGUUAUAUGUAUUAAAAAUAUGGCCACUACCAACUAUUACGCUGAAUACGCAAACAACACAAUGAUGACUCAGCAACAAGCGUAUGCUUACAGUGGAUAUUAUAGCAACAGUAUGCCUUAUUACGAUACAACCAGUAGUAACAACUUUAUGCACAAUCACGCCCGUUUUUCUAAGGUAUAUCACCCCAGCUAUGAUCAAUUCAAAUCAAAUCAAGUGAAGACUGCAGAACAAAUAUAUGAUGGUGAAGCAUGGAAUUAUAACAACACAGCAUCUGCAGAAUCAUACUGCCAGUAUAUUGGUUAUAAAAAUACGGCGAAUCAAGAAAAUUCCGACGUGAGUAAGGAUGAAGCGAAGAACAGUCCUGUUGUUGUCGCGGAUUUAAAUACAUUUGAGGAUAAACAAACUAAUCAACCAAUUAAGCGAAAACACUUUGAAUGCGAGGAAAAUUUGUCACAAGAGACAGAAAAACCCAGCACUUUACGUUCCUUACUUACCAAUCCUGCAAAGAAAUUGAAGUAUAAUCCAAACUAUUUUUUUACCACAAUGGAGAAGGUUAGUUGCCCAAAUAAACAGUCAACCAGCAAAUGCAAUUUAAAUUCAAUGAGUGAUAAUGGAACUGGUUACCCAGUCAGUGUACCGCCCAGUUUGAACCAGGAUAUUGCCGCCGACGGCAGUGGUAUGUCGACACCUUCCACUCAUAGUACACUGCCAUCGCCAAGCCGAACAGAAAUUAGUUAUUUGGAAGCAUACUCUCCACAAUCUUUGAAACAAUUGAAUCAUGGUAAAACUGGCGAUUAUCUCACACCACCUCCAUCAAAUGCAUCUGCAACUUUGCCGACAACUACAAUAGAUCCGCCAUCGUUGGCAAUCGCAUCAGCUGUUGCUGAACCAAUAAAAACCACUCUCCCCACAAACACAUCUCACGUAAAUGGUAUUAGCACACCACCCUUGUCACCGCAUGAUCAAACUGUCAAUCACCAUAAAGAGCAGCCAUUGCAAUUGCAGCAACAUGAAAUCAAUCAUCAAAUUUUGACAGAUACAGCAGCAGAGUAUAAUUGGUCCCUCUGUGAAGACAAUUUGCCAGCAGACGGUAAAGACUCAAAGCGCACUCGUCAGACCUAUACACGUUUCCAGACGGUGGAGUUGGAGAAAGAGUUCUAUUCGAAUCGUUAUAUCAGCCGCAGUCGCCGUAUUGAAAUUGCCAAUGCGUUAUCGCUCACUGAACGUCAAAUAAAAAUUUGGUUUCAGAAUAGGCGCAUGAAAUGUAAGAAGGACCGCACCCUCGAACCCGCCACRCCAGAACUACACGGUCUUCCACAUUACCCAACCACUAACUCUGAAGCUUGUCCACCUGCUCAACCAUCUUCUCAAGGACAAUAUUUGUACUUGGGCGCCCAAACCAACGGGCCCAUUCCGCCAACUUAUUCAAACUACAUGGCUGGUGGUCAAGGAUAUUCACCAAACGCAAUGAACCCUUAUCCAGCACAGGGCACUUUUCCACAUUGCGGCCAAAUGUAUGGUGCCGGAUCAGCAGGACAAUCAAUAUACAAUCAAAAUCAUCAUCAGUAUCCACAGCAGCCACCAUAUCUAUUGGCUCAGCAAUAUCCACCGCAUACCUACCAGAACCAGCAGCAGCAUUACCUCCAACAGCGCCAGCAUAAACAACAUUUAGAUGAACCAAUACCUACACAACAACUGCAACAGGUAUUGCCUUCACAACAGCAGCAUCCACAGCCCAUGGCAAACUCAUCAGCAGGAUCCUCGAUGUAUUUGCCGUAGAAGCCAAAGCGUGGUGAUCCACGAAACACACAGUUGACUGUGCGGUACUCAGAGGGUGCAUGGACGCACAAACAUUUUGGUUUUCUGCCGUUUAACUAUGAUAGAUAAAUGGUCAAAGAAAAACCGAUUUUUGAGGGAUCGCUGCGAUAGUACACAAGCAGAUCUCCUGAGGACUUGUGUGCACAGUAAAGUAGAAAUGCGUUAAAACGAAAAAAAAAACACACUCAUAGGAACUUCUGUCAAAAGGUUGACGUUUACCGAUUACGCUCGCUCUGCCUGAGUAGAAAGUAGACGCAGGAUGGGUUAGAUAGCGUUUUGAGUAAAGUUUUCAGCUGCUAUGUUACAGCAGUAAA